UCUACGGUCAUAAACCUAACAACGUUAGCUUUAUUCAAUAGUCCUGUUUUUGUCAACAAGCCUUCAGUGACCUCGACAAAACAAAAUGUGGCGGUUAAACAAAGUUCGUCACAAAGCUGGCCGGCAAUGUGACAGUUUGGAGGCGCUGAAAUUAAAGAGACGCGAGCAUGAGAAAGCGCUGAGACAAGCCCGCAGAGACAGGCAGCUGGUGAGCAAGAGACUCCUGCUUAAUGACGAUGAGGACAUGCCACAGGUCACUAUGGACACCAACUCCGGAGAACAGGACGUGGUCAGUUUAUUCCUCAAACUUCAACACAGUGGGCCAGAAAGGGAGGCUCACCUGAGAACUUUGAGUAAAGUUCUCCGCGACCCAUCAGCACAGCUCACCUUCAUCAAGCAGGAGAAUAGCAUGCAUCUUCUGGUUGGCUUCCUCACUGGCUCAGAUGCUACUUGCCGUCUGCACGCUGUUCGGUGCCUUCAUGAGCUGUCUCACUCGUCCCACACCAACGUGUCACCUGCCUGUCUGCCUGCCACCCCCUACCUGCUCACCUACCUGUCUGGCCAGAGCACCAAGUUCACUGAGCUGUGUCUGUACACGCUUGGUAAUUUAUGCCCAGACAGCGAUAUUGUAAAAGAGAAGCUCCUGGCCCAGGGAAUCAUACCAGCUCUGGCCAACUGUUUAGAGAACCAGAGCCAUAACCUUGCGGUGGUGGAAGCGGUUGGAUUCACCCUCUCUCAGUUUCUCCAGGCUAAAGAUGCUGCAGAGAAAAUAAUCCUGGCGGUCCUUGAUUCCAGUUUACCCUCAAACUUGUUAUCAGUCCUGACUUCUGACCCAAAGUUUGGCCUGGCACCUGCCAUUGAGUGUGCGUGGUGUCUGCACUACCUCACAUGCAGCUCACUCAAUAGCAUGAAGGACAACCGAGUGCUGUUGGCCCACGGAGCUUUGUUGCAGUGCAGUUCCCUGGUAGUGUCACUAGGUGGUGCUGUGGCUGAAGGAAACAAAGAAGAAGGGAUGGAGCUGUUCAUCUGUCCUCUGCUGAGGUGCGUGGGAAACCUUCUGUCCUCCUGUCCAGGGAACGACCUGAGCACUCAAGUGGGUGACGUUGGUAUCGUGGUUGCUCUAUGUGCACUUCUUCAGGCCUACCUGCAGACCCAGCCAGCGUUGGCAAGAGAGAGUGCCUGGGUCCUCAACAAUCUCACAGCUCACUCCAGUGCUUUCUGCUCUGCACUCCUGGAUCUCAACUUGGUCCCUGGACUGAUACAGCUCCUCCCCUUUUCUCAAGGCAUCAACACCAUGAUCCUGAGGAUUCUAGCAAAUAUUGCCCACAAGAAAAAAGAGUUCUGUGCUCAGCUGGCCCAUCGGGGAUUGUUGUCUGCACUCUGUGCUACGCUUAAAAUGGCCGACCAGGAGAUGGUGACGUUGAGUAUGGAUGUCCUUUACAUGCUGGUAGUUAGUGGUCCACAGGUAACUUAUUGCAGCCUGCUCAGUUGGGAUAACCAAACCAGAGAGCCAGCUACAGUGGUAGAAACGGCUUUAACUCUAGGUGUUCCUUCCCUCAAGGUGGCAGAGGAGUUUGUGAGGCAAGGCGGGCUUUCACUGUUGGAAGCCAUUCAGUACAACAGUGAAGGAGAGAUCAGACGAAGAGCAACACAUCUCCUGGAGGACCAUCUGGUGUCCUACUCAUCGUAUUGCUCGGACAACAACCCAUGUUCUUCAGGCAACAGGGAGGCAUCCCAUGUACACCUAUAGGGGCAGCGUGUCACCGCAACCAUGAGGACACACUCGAGAGUACACGACUGCUUGUUUACUUCUUGCAAUCUGUAAAAAUGUAAAAACAAUGUUGUUCAAUUUAAAGUCAUUUUUAAUACCUUUUGACUAAUCUACUGGUAUCUCAAGUGUUCUUAUGAAUAGUAUUUUAUUAUAUGUAGAGAUGAAAUAUGAUGUGUUUUUAAUAUUGGAGACUUUUUGACUGUUGAAUAUUGUGCCACCAUCACAGAAGAAGACUGAAGUAUUUUUGCUCAUCACAGUCUCUCAUGGUCAACUGGAACAGCUGUCUUACAGAGGAUGGGUUUUUAUGACCGACUGUAGAGUCAGGGGAUGCCAAAGCACCUUUUUGUUGGUAUUGUGAUGAAGUGUCAUCCAUUUUGAGCCAAUAAUGCAUUGCCAGUGAAAACUGUACUUCCACGAAAUAUCAACUUUAUUACAGA